AGGAAGAUAGACAUUAAAUGAAAUACUAAAAGUGGUUAAGUGCUGCAAUAGAAGCUUUGCCUGUGAUGGGAACCAAAAAGAGGACAGGAAAAGCUGCUUUGAGGAAGUGGUGUUUAAACAGAAAUUCAAAGAAUUAAUAGGAGUUAGCCAGAGAGGAUAAGCCAAUUAUGUGCAAAGGUUUUGUGGUGCAACAGCUUGGUAUGGUAGUGACAUUUGCAAGUCUAGUUGAAAGAAAAAGUGGGAAAGGGAAAGGAGAGGGUUGGAUAGGUAAGCAGGAACCAGGUAUUUUAGUGUCUUAUAACCCAUGUUCUAGAUUUCAGAUUUUGUUUGAAAGCCAACCUAUUGAAGGCUCAAAAGUAAACAUUGCAUAUGUCAUAAGUUGCCACGUGUAAGUAAAAAAAGCCCUAAUAGGGCAUAGGCAUGAUGUUGAAGACUAUUAAAUAGACACAACCGUGUGAUGGCUGGUUGACUAGGUGAAAGGAUGACACUAAAGGUGGGCUGAGAUAAAUUCUUGGUCAUUGGAGUUGUUCAGGUAUCCAAGUGGGAAAUCAAACAAAUGGGUUUUUUGGCCUAGAUUCUCUUGAGACAUCAUAUAUUAUUGAGAUUUACAAUACCUUGUAUUUAAUCAUAAAUAUCACUACAAAUAAUAGUUGCCCUUAUCUAUAUGUAUAGCAUGGUACUUUUACACAAAUUAUCAAAUUCUCAUUACAGCUCCUCAAGGUAGGAAUAACUCCCACUUUACAAAUGAAGAAUUGAGUCCCAGAUUAAUAACUUUCCCAAGGUAACAAGGUUAGUGAAUAGUUGAACCCAGAUCCAUUAUACUCUCAAAGACCUCAUAACAGCUACUAGUAUAAACAAAGUUUCUAUACAAACUAGUACACAAAUAUGGUAAUUAAUAGGCAUUUGAUGAAUGAACAAUUUAGUCUGGAAUAGAUAUCUGGAAUUCUUCUAGGGGGACUUUGCAUUCACUUAAAAAUACUUUAAUAUGUGCUAUGUGCCAAGCACUAGGGAUAAAGUAGUCAAUAAAAUGGACAUGGUCCCUGUCUUUCUUGAAUUUAUAAUAGAUGAGAAAAGCCUGUAUUACACCAAAAAUGACACAAAUCACUAUAGUUGUGUUAAGUGCUUUGAAAGUAAAGUAUUAGGUGCAUUGUAACGGGGAUCUAAUUGAGUGUGGGGAGUCUUACAUUAUUCAGCUGUCACAUCCCUAUCUUUCUCCAGUUUCUGGUUAUCAUUCUCUGGUUUCUUACCUAUGUUUUUAACCUGUUAUAGUCAAAUCCCAAGCCUUUUCUGAGUAACUAGCCCUUCCUAAAGGAUUCUGGCUACUGUCAAUUGCUAGCAGACUAUGGGUUUAACAUCCAUAGCAGUCACUCCUAAAUUACUUCUCCCCGACACAAGUACUAUAUUUCCAACAGCAUUGUAGACUCCAUUUUCUGGAAGUGUCUCUGACACCUCAAGCAACGUAUCAUACCUCCUCUUCCUGGAAGAACCAAACAGUUAUUCCUUCCCCACCCAGCUUCCCUAUUCCUGUUGUUUCAGUCAACCACAAUGAACAACUUGGAGUAGCACCAGACAAUAUUUUCUAAAAAUCAUUCGUCAUAACUGAUCCUUUCUUUCCUUAUUGUGCCCCUCCCCACUUGGUGCAAACUCUCUUGUAUUCUUGCUGUGUGUGAACUAUCUUUUUCCAUGUAAGCUUUUGGGGAACAGAUCAUACAUUUUAUAUUUUCAUAUCGCCUUGCUGAGAGGAUAGGUACUAAUCAGUAAAUAACUGAUUUGAUGACACACCAAAUAGAUUAUAGUGCAACAUGCUGUUUACAAAAGUGUUUAGAAAAUGAUACCAUUUUUUCCCCUAAUAUAAAUUGUUGAGGUGGAAUGCCCUUCUGUAAAAAGAUAAGCAAAAUGAGGAUCAAAUGUGAAAAGUCUUCCUAAAGAUCACAAUUUCUUAAUUAUAACACAUGAAAAAAGGGGAUGCUACAAAAUGAUCCAGUUAUGAUCUCUCUCCACAUUUACCAGGUAAACUAUUCACUCUUUAGUAAAGCCCUCUCUAAAUCCUGUCUUCUCAGAUGUCCACGUAGCCUCAAUUGUCUCAUUUUUCAUGUGAAAAUAUUGUGCAUUCAAUGGAUUGUUGGAAAUUAUCCAAACACUGUCCAAGAAGGUAACCACUAGCCACACAUGGUUACUUAAAUUUAAUUAAAAUUAAAUAAAAUGUAAAAUUCAGUUCCUCUGCCACAGUAUACACAUUUCAAGUGACUAGUAGCUACCAUAUUGGACAGGAUGUAUUUCCAUCUUUGUAGAAAGUUCAAUUGGGCAGUGCUGUGCUAGAGCUAGGACUUGUCAAGAUCAAAGAAAACAAUAUGACCAAACUGAAAACGCAGGCCAGUCAGUACCUGGUUGGUUUUGAGUGAGAAGGUUCACUGGGUGAGUGGGAAGCAAGCUGAUUUUUGGGACGGUGACAUCACAAAGCACAGCUCACAGGGGCUCUAGAACACCUGGGCUCCCAGGCCACUUUCCUUAACUCAUAUCUAGGGUCCUGAAGACUCUGAACAUGUAGCUCUGGAGCUGCUGUCUUAUUAAAAUGCCAACAUCUUCACCUUCAUCUUCUAUCUGGGACAUCAUAGAUUAUGCCUCUCUGAGCUCAAUAUGGAAUUGGCUCCAAGCAACUUUUCUGGGACAGACUGGUGUGGCUCAGCAAACAAAUUUGGGGCUAAUAGAUAAUCUUGCUCCGGUUCUGCAAGCUGCCCUCGGGAUUUUCUUUCUUAUUUUUUUGGCAGUAGGACUAUACGCCUUAUGGAAACGAAGUGUUCGGUCAAUUCAGAGUCUGUUGUUGUUUGUAAUCACACUCUACAGACUUUACAAGAAAGGCUCAGAGUUUUUGGAGGCUUUGCUGGUCAACCCAGAAGGGAUUCAUCUCCCAAUUCAAGACAAAAGUAUCCUCCUGUCCUUGGGUCUGCAAGAGAAAAUUUUGAAACAACUUCAGAUGGUGGAAAGCAAAGUGAAGAACCUGGAGGGGAUGAUAAUUUCUCAAAAACCUGCCACGAAGAGGGAUUGCUCCUCUGAGCCCUACUGCAGCUGCUCCGACUGCCAGAGUCCCUUGCCCACAUCAGGGUUUACUUCCACAUCUGAAAUCUGAUGGACUCCAAUCUUUUCCAGACAAGCACCGUUUCCCUUGUGUGCAGUGGUGUACCAAUAAAGGUAGAGAACUGUAUUGAAAUUA